AUGACAACAGAUCAGAAAGACGCUUUGCAGCCCAAGUAUCAUCACCUUCGCGGUGAGGAGCCACCAAAGCACAACGCUGACGUCGGCGCACAUGACUUCAUCAGCGAAGAUGAAGGCGACUGGAGUCCCAGACGAGAGUCGCCGUGCCCGGGUUUCGGCGCAAGAUCAAGAGCGGUAUGCCGCCGCCUGAUGCGCGCCGUGGCCCACCCCAACACGUUCGUGCUGAUGAUGGGCCUGCUGUACCUGGGCGUGUACGGGUGCUCGGGGAUCUACCUCUCCGCCGUCAUCUCCACCAUCGAGAAGAGGUUCCAGCUCAAGAGCUCUGAGUCCGGACUGCUGAUGUCCCUCAACGACAUAUCGGCGCUCUGUGGGGUGCUUUUUGUCGCACACAUCGGGGGGAAAUACCACCGACCACGUAUCAUCGGCAUCUCGGGCCUCGUGGUUGCCCUGGGCAGCUUCAUGUCAGCACUACCCCAGUUUCUGUACGACAACUCCAUGGACCUGGAGGGGCUAGUUGUCAGCGAAGAUGGCAACCGAUCGGAAGAAUUACUGUGUGACUCCGGGACGGCGAACGCCACAGUGUGCACGGCUGAUGAGAUAGAAGCGUCUGGCUCCCAGCUGAGCAAGACCUGGGCCCUGAUAAUUGGACAGCUACUGGCCGGCCUGGGCUCCACGGGCUUAUCGCCACUCGCUGUGACCUACGUGGACGACGCCGUGGAGAAAAGCCUGCUGCCCAUGUACCUAGCACUGAUGUGGCUCCCCAUCACAAUCGUUCCCUUGGUCGGUUUCUCGCUGAGCGGCUAUUGCCUGUCGAUCUUUGCUGACUAUUACAAAACGGACGCCGCCCAUCUCGAGAUCGGCCCCAAGGAUCCCCAAUGGCAAGGGGCAUGGUGGCUGGGCUUCGUCAUCUACGGCUGUUACCUGUGCUUAGUCUCCGUGCCUUGCUUCUUUUUCCCGCGAAAGAUGCACAAAUCCAAGUCGUACUGCUGUUUCAGCGGGGUGCCAGACUGCUGCACAGCGCUGAUGGGGAAGGGGCAAGGCGGGCAGUUCACCGAGGAUGUAUCGAUGACGGGAGGAGCGAUUUCUCACAAGACACUCCACGGUGAACCGCUGUCAGUUGUCAAAGGCUUUGCACACCUCCCAGGUUCCCUCCUUGGCCUAAUGCUUGGAGGCAUUGUAACGUGGCGCUUGACUGGGAACCAGCGUGGCUACUCCUUUCUGACUCUGGCAGUUCACAGUCUGGCCGUUUUGGUGUUCUUCAUCUUGAUGUUCUUGGGGUGCCCCAACAACGAUGUUGCCGGACUGACUACACACUAUAAGGUGCUGAACCACACGGCAACGAACGGCCUAGAUUUGUACUCGGCCUGCAAUAUGAAUUGCACAUGUGAGAAGGGCGUUUACUCGCCUGUCUGCGGAUCUGACAACGUCACCUACGCCACAGCUUGCUUCGCUGGUUGUCAAACACUGACCAAAAACCAAAGCCAGACAACCCUGGAAGACUGCUCGUGCAUCGACCCCAGCGAGACCACUUCGAGUUUCGCCGUCCCUGGUGAUUGCCCCUCUUCGUGUGCCCUUUUAAUCCCCUACGUAAUAAUGGUUGGUGUCACAGCAGCACUUGGGUUCUUCGCCUUCAAUCCGUCGUUCAUGAUGUAUUUCAGGUCUGUUUUGGAGAAAGAUCGAAGUCUGGCAAUGGGAGUGAAGUCUUUUUUGUCGAAGACACUCGGUUUCAUACCUGGUCCUGUCAUCUUUGGCGCAAUCAUCGAGACACAGUGUUCCUACUGGCAGGAAUCGUGCCAGGAGACGGGGGAAUGCCUUCUGUAUGACCGGCCGGGCCUCCGGCUGGCUAUGAUGGGGCUCACCACCGCUUUCCGACUACUCGCAACGCUGAGUUUCUGCGUUAGUGCGCUCUUCGUGCUGAAGAGCCCAAAGACUCCCUCUAUCGAGAAGGCCGACGGAAAUAAGGAAGAAAAAGCUAAAAAUCCUGAGGAGCUUAUGGAAAUGCUGCAAACAUUCAGAGAAACGGAAGUGUGA